AUGUGGUUAGUUGCGAAAAACAGUUCCCUGCUGUCGCCUGAUCUGACGCUGAUCAUUUUACAUAUUGCCUUAAGAAAUUUAAGGGUAUUGGGGUCCAUCGGGCCGAGAACCUCGAUACAUAUUGGCAAGAAUUCCAUCGAGGAGAGGGCGUUCCCAUAUUUUUUCAUUUUCUCGUCCGCUGCCCUGGCCGCGGCCAAACCGCCGUAUAUUUUGUAUUUUGAUGAGGAGGAAGUGGAAUUCUACAGGAUUGAUAAGUAUAUUAUGAACAAAAUCCAGCAUGCUAUCACACACGUGCACACGUACCAAACCCUGCACAUGGUCACAUCACGGCCGAUGUAUAUGUAA